AAUCCAACGGUCACAAAGUAUGGUCAACGUUGCCCCCACUGUUCAUCUGAAAGAUCCAGAAUAUCGAGCGGUUGCCUUCACCGCUAAGGCAAGCACGAAAACACACGCGGAAAGCAGAAUCUCGCGUUAGCAAAUUGCAACUCGCAGCUUAGAAAAGAACAGUAAAAUCACACCCAGAUUAGCAACAAGAGAACGAAAAGCAGAGAAAUAGCUGAAAGACAGAUUGAAAAAUGGCGUUGCAGUGGAUGAUACUAACAUACGUGGUAGCGGCAGAGGCCGCGGUGGCUCUUCUCUUGACCCUGCCCUAUCCCAAGCUCUUGAAAAACCGUUUGGUCUCUCUCAUCUCUCUCAUUCUGCAGCCUGCCCUCUUUAUUGUUCCCUUUGCCGGAUUUCAGCUCUUAGAUAUUUACUGGAAGAACGAGCACCGCUUGAUGUGUACCUCUGAGAUCUGCACUGCUGCCGAGAGAGAUCGUUACGAGAAAUCGGUCUUCAAAGCUCAAAGGAAUGUAAUUUUGUGUGCAACUGCAUGCCUCCUGUACUGGUGUAUCUACCGCAUUUGCAAGUACAAUAAGGAAAUUCAGAGUUUGGAGGAAGUAGAGAAGAGAUACAAGAAUAAAUAGUUUCUUGUCUUAGCCAUAACAGGGUUGGCCGACAACCGCUUGAUAAUGCUUCUAGAGAAAUCUCAGAUUACCUUUUGAGAGAUUCUGUUACGUUAUAAGAAUACAUUUGCUAUAUUUGUAUGAUGUGUUCCAUGCCAAAGUUCCUGCAUUUUUCUCGUUGAAUCUUUUGUUAGAAAAACUAUAAUUGGCGGUUUUUGUUAGUGAUGAAGCAAUUGCGUUGGAUGUGUGCACUGCCGCGUUCAUCUAUUCUAA